AUUGUAUGGCUAAUUGGAUUGACACCUUUAUAUCUAUGGUUGCACUUGAUAGAAGAGUGUCACUGUUUACUUGGCGAUACAGUUGGCAUGUCCAUUCCUAGAAGGUGGGAGCAUUGCCCAAGAAUUGGUCAGAUAGUUGCUGACAAGUUCCUUCCCUUCAAGACCCCACUGUCCUUCCAGUAUGAUGGAGAGGUUCCUAAGGAGAGUCGGUUUGACGUAUCAGCAUUGCUAUAGUGUGUGGAGGGGCUGCAAAAACGAAUGGGGAUGGUGAUAGACCUCACUAACUUGGACAGGUACUACGACAAGAGAGAGCUCACUGAUGACAAGAAUAUUAACCAUUACAAGCUACAGUGCGAGGGAUUUGGAGAGAUCCCUACUAUGGAGCAAGUGGGAGAGUUUAAGCGAGUGUGCUCACAUUUUUUUGCUCAUCAUCCAGAGGAGAUUAUUGGUGUGCACUGUACCCAUGGCUACAACCGAACUGGGUUCCUGCUAAUUUCACAUCUUGUAGAGGCUGACAAUUGGGGGUUGGAAGCUGCACUGGCCACGUUUGCCCAAGCUCGUCCACCUGGUGUAUACAAGCAGGAUUUCCUCGAUGUGUUAUCUCAUUGCUAUGGUGAUGACCAACAGCUGAUUGCGUCUCUGUGGCCUGCGUGGUGUGAAGAGGGUGAGAGGUGUGCCGAGGGGAAUGAGCAUUACAAAAGUGCUCGAUUCAUGGAGGGUGUGUCUGGGGUGGAGUGUGUUGGCCCUCCCACUAGAGAGGAUGUACAACGACAGUGUCAGCACAUCCUACAGUGGGAAUGCGGUGGAUUCCCUGGGUCUCAGCCUGUGUCAAUGGACGUACGCAACAUCUCUUUACUACACAAAAAGCCAUACAGAGUCUCCUGCAAAGCCGACGGGACCAGGUAUAUGAUGUACAUUCGAGGGCGUGGAGAAGUGUACAUGUUGAAUCGCUCCGAUGCUGUAUUUCGAGUGCCCUACCUCUCGUUUCCCUCAGGCCGACAUCUUGGAGAGCACCUCACAGAAACGUUGUUGGAUGGGGAGAUGGUGAUUGCUAAAAACAAAGACGGCUCCUCUAAACCUUGCUACCUCAUUUACGACAUUAUUCAGUUCGAGAGCAGCACUGAGGUGGCACUGCGUGAUCACAAUGUACGCAUGGUCUUUGUCAGUAAAGAGGUGGUGGAACCAAGAGACAAAGCACUUCUCUUGCAUAGCUGCACUGUGCUUCUCUCGAUGUCAUUACUGAGCCAUUUAGUGUUCAGGCAGUGAGGUUCUGGAAUGUCUCUACCAGUAACAUUGGAGACGUUUGAGGAUUACAUGAAGACUCUUACAUAUGAGCAUGAUGGUUACAUAUUCACUCCUGCUACUGCCGUAACCCUAUGUUGCAGGACAGUGCAUGAACUGUCUAAAGUGGAAGCCUGCCAAGCUCAACUCUGUGGACUUCAAGCUGGGCAUUGUGAGUCAACAAAAAAGUGAGCUGCCUACCAAGAAACAAGGUGAAUUGUUUGUGGGUGGGU